GUGUGGGUGUGGACGUGUACGGUAUGACUCUGGCUACAGGUGUGGGUGUGAGUGUGGAAUGUGAAGUUUGGUUUGGUUGGCAUGGGAUGUGGGUGUUCUUGUGAGCGUUAUUCGUUUUGAAACUCAAUACACCCAUACCCACACCUUCAUCAUAAGAGGAAAACCGUUCACGAAAUGUUCGAAAAUUGAUAAAAACUAUUAUUGGAAAUUAUGAGGAUUUUUAUCAUUUAUUAGGGGAUCGAUAGAGGGGAGCAGGGCCUAUACAAUGGUGAAAACUGCAGCGCUCUAUCUCUUUCCGUUUUUGAACUACUGAAAAAAUACCCACGGCCAUUUUAUUAUUGGACAGACAUUAGGAAAACUAUUUCUUAUUCAGAUAAAAUAUACUACAAAGUGUCAGAAGCUCGAAUUGUGAAAGUAACCAAAGAAAGUACUGCACGUGGUCAAAUGCGUCCAAUUUUUUCAAAUAAAGGACCAAAGAAGAUUAUACAAGCAAAGCAAGUUUUUGAACGUGUUCAGGUUGAUUUAGUGGAUCUUUCUCUGGAAGUGUGUCAUCAUUUGGAAUGCAUUUUUCGUGAACAUGGAACACCAUCAAUUAUUCAAACGGAUCAAGGUACAGAAUUUAAAGGUGUUUUCGACGAAUUAUGUAGUAAAAGAAAUAUUCGACAUAUUCGAUCACGUGCUUAUCAUCCAGAAUCUCAGGGAAAGAUUGAACGUUUAAAUCGGUCUUGGAAAAAUAAAAUGGUUUAUGAUAUGUUAAUAAAUGGAAAUGAAAAUUGGGUUACCAAUCUUUCUUUAUAUUCUGAAACUUACAAUCAGUCAAAGCAUCGUGGUCUUGGAAAUUUUACUCCUUUUUUUGUUUAUUUCGGACGUGAAGCUGUUGUUAAAGGUGGUUCAAAUGCAGUUAUGAAUGAAGAGGAAGAUGAAAACAGUGCCAUACGUAUAUAUGAUUCUGCUGUUUUAGAAAACAAGACAGGCAAAAAUAUAGUUUCAACGAUUGAUCAAAUAUCAAAGAAUACAACAAGUAAUAAAACAUGCACAUCAAAUUCUCGAUACGACGAACUUAAGAAAGUAAAUAAUGAAAAUCAUUUAAUGAAAAAUUUUGAUGAUACAUCAGAUGAUGUUCGAUUCGAAAUUCCUUGUUUCUAUCCUGAAACAUCUGAUAAAUUACAAUCUCUGCAAUAUAAAGAAAUGAGAAGAAAAUGUGUUGCUUGUGAUCCAGCUGUUCCAAACAAUGGUGGUACUGUGAUAGAAGGGAAUUUAAGAUUCAUAUUUGUAGCAACCUGUACUUUGGAUUACUUUUUAUCAUUUAUGCGACUUGCUUUUCUCACUUACAAUUCUUUUCGAUAUGUCCUUGAAUCUGCAGCACAGCGUGACAAUAUCGUGGCUCAAACACUUCUCAAAAUGGAGCCCUCAUUGCACAAACUGGAUUGGGAUAUGGCACGCUUCAUUUGGUCAAAAAUGAUUGGUGUUGUAGACAAGGCACUCAAGCAGCAACAUGGAAGUGAAAAAAAUACAUUUGGUUAUUUAAAAGUGCGUGUUCCAUAA